AUGUUAAAGUAGCUUGGUUAGGAAAUAUCUUUAUGCCAUAAAAUAUAGUCUUUAGUUUUAAGUAUACAGUAAUUCUAUUUUAUAAAUCUAAAUAAAUUUUAUAUUUAGUUUUUUAAUAACUCAUUAAGAGGAGAAAUAAUAUAAGACAAAAGUUCACCAAGUUAACCUUAAUUUUGGAAUUUAGUUUAUAAUUGUUCUUAAUUAUAAAAAAUAAAUAUUAUCUUAGAAAAUAAUAAAAUAGAAUAUACAGGAUUAUGUUUUUUGAUAUGUGAUAUUUCUAAAUGUAAAAACCUCAUUAGUUUAACUCUUAAUUUAUCAAAAAACAAUAUCUAAGCUAUUGGAGCCAUCUAGCUAGGGUAAGAGCUUCACAAUUGUAAAAAACUGAGUAAUCUUGACCUUAAUCUUUCUGAAAAUAAAAUUAAAAAUUCUGGUGUUUAAAUAUUAGGAAGUGAGAUCUGUAAAUGCUAAUUCUUAAAAUAAUUGACUUUAGAUAUUAUGAAUAACAAAAUAAAUGAUGAAAGUUGCAUAUAAUUUAUUUUAAAAAUUGCUAUUUUAACAAAUCUUUAAGUUUUAAGAAUCAAUUUUUAAAAAAAUAAAUUUUCAGAUCAAAUCACAUCAAUUUUAGGACAAGAGAUAGCUAAAUUCAUAAAUCUAAGUUAGUUGGUUUUGCAUUUAGGGUCAAAUGAGUUAACAGAACAUAGUACCUCACAAUUAUUUUAAGGGAUUCAUCAUUUAAUAUUUUUAAAAGACCUUUAAAUCAGCUUUUGUAAAAACUAGAUUUUCAGCUAAGGAUUAAAGUCUUUUGUAGAUAUUGUUUCUAAAAUGAACCACCUUGUAUCAUUGAAUGCUAAUUUUAAAAAGUGCAGAAUUAAAGAAUAAGAACUCAGAAAUAUUUUAACUGAAAUGAAAAAAAUGAAAAAACUAAAGAUGUUAGUUUUUAAUUUCAAGGAAAACAAUUUUACCUCUGCAAUAGUAUAAAAAUGCAAAUAAAUCAUCCUCAAAAACUUAAUUCGACUUUUAUUACUGAAAAUAGAUUAUUGAAUAUUGAUUCUAUUAG